AUGGCCUCUAACGUCUCCAAGGCCGGUAUCACCACCGACGAAAGCACCGGCGAACGAUACAUUCCCUCAUCCAUUCGUGCGGAUGGCUCCAAGCGCAAAGAGAUCCGUGUGCGACCUGGCUACAAGCCUCCGGAAGACGUGGAGCUGUAUAAGAAUCGCGCCGCAGCUGCAUGGAAAAACCGUACCGCACGAGGUGGGGUGCCGGGUGCUGAAGCCCCGAGUAGCGAAGACGACAAGAAUGCACAGGCACCUAGCACCACGGCCAGCAACAAGAAUGCCAAGCGCAGAGAAGCCAAACGCAAGGCUAAGGAGGCCGAGGGCACUGACGCCACGAUUGAGAAGAAGGGUUCGGACUCGGACAACUGGCGGGCAGCUCCCAAACCGGAAGAGAAGCCCGCGGACAAGCCCGUAGAGAAGCCGGUAGAGGAUCCUGUGGACGUCGAGGCCGAGAAGGAGAAGAAGGCGCGCAAUCUGAAGAAAAAACUACGACAAGCGCGCGAUCUUCGUGAGAAAAAGAACUCCGGCGAAGCUCUGCUGCCCGAGCAGUUGGAGAAAGUCAUCAAGAUCCAAGAGCUUGUACGACAGCUCGAUGCUCUUGGGUUUGACUCUAAUGGCGAUAAGAAGGAGAACAACGAGCCCCUGAACCCUUGA